GUUCGUUGCGCGCAUGCGCUAGUCUUCUCACACGGACAGGCAUCAUGGCGGACGUGCUGGAUCUUCAUGAAGCGGGAGGCGAGGACUUUCCUAUGGACGAAGAUGGUGAUGAAAGUAUUCACAAACUAAAAGAAAAAGCCAAGAAGAGAAAAGGACGAGGAUUUGGAUCUGAUGAAGGUGCGAGGUCCAGGGUUAGAGAAGAUUAUGAUACGGUGGAGCAGGACGGUGAUGAGCCCGGACCUCAGAGAUCUGUCGAGGGCUGGAUCCUGUUUGUGACCGGCGUUCACGAGGAAGCGACCGAAGAAGACAUCCACGACAAAUUCGCAGAGUUUGGCGAGAUCAAGAAUCUGCACCUCAAUCUGGACAGAAGAACAGGUUACCUCAAGGGCUACGCGUUGGUGGAAUACGAGACGUAUAAAGAAGCGCAGGCUGCCAUGGAGGGACUGAACGGCCAGGAGCUCAUGGGACAGCCCAUCAGCGUGGACUGGGGCUUCGUCCGAGGGCCGCCAAAGAGCAAGAGGAGGGGAGGCAGACGACGGAGCAGAUCUCCAGACAGAAGACGGCGCUGAGGUGAAACCUAGUGCAAAAGCUGCAAGUUGCUGUCUCGCGUUUUUUUUUUUUUUUUAGAUUUUCCUGGUUUUUUUUUUUCCCUCUGUACACACUGUAACCAAUUAACUAACAAACAAACAACUACUACAGCAGACUUUAAACUUUAAAAAUGCAGUUAACAUUUGCCGCAUCACACUUUUAUAAGGAAGUAAGCUAAGUAGUGUCUUCAAUGUAGCACGUUGUCUCCAUUGUCUCAUGGCAUCGAGUUUUUUGUUUUUCUUCUUCUGCAUAAAGUAAUUUAAAUUUGUUCUUAUAACAUUGUACUUGUUUUCCAGUGGCCCUAAACAGUGACAUAACAAUUUCAUACAUCAUUUAAAUUUUUUUUUUAAAGGUUGUAUUUGGAAUCUUUUUGUAGUUUCUAUGGUUUAAGUUUAAGGAACGUGCUGAAGAACAAUAAGACUGUAACACAUCACAGAAACACGGUGGCGUUUGUAAUAUGUUUUAGUUUGUUUCAGUAUAGUGUCAAUUCCUUGGUUUUGCAUUUUGUAUAAUGUGUAAUGAACAUGAUGAUCCUUUAAAAUUAAUUUGGGUUUGUUUUUUUUCCCUCCUUAAUGCUUGAAGUUGUACCUGAGUUAAUUUUAAAGCUACCGGUUUGUACACCUCCAAUAAAUUUGUUCUGUAUUGUGAA